ACCCCACCCCAGUAAAGAAGGGAGGUGGUGAAUGUAUGAGCCAGGCAGGGGGUCCCGGAAGGCUCAGGAUUGGGAGGGAAGAGGGACCGAUGCCCACGUUUCCUUCCCCUCUCCCUAGACGCCCGGGGGCAGUUAGGGGUCCAGUUAGCUGUCUGGAAGAACUCCCUUCGCUGUGGUGGGAGGGGCCCUCCUGGGAGGACCCUGGGCUCUCUCCCAGCACUGUCGGCGGCGGAAGGAUGACAGUCCGGAGACUGCCUCCCACUGAGCCGGGACUGCACACGGGGACCUGUAGACCCGGCCAAGCCCACGGUGUGGCCAAAGACUGCAGUUCUGGAACUUCAAGAGCCUGCUGUCCCGACACCAGCCCAGACUGCCUCACCUCGUAGCCAUGAGAGCUGCCUACCUCUUCCUGCUGUUCCUGCCUGCAGGCCUGCUGGCUCAGGGCCAAUAUGACCUAGACCCACUGCCCCCGUUCCCAGACCACGUCCAGUACACCCACUACAGUGACCAGAUAGACAACCCGGACUACUAUGAUUAUCAAGAGGUGACUCCUCGGCCCCCCGCGGAGCAGUUCCAGUUCCAGUCCCAGCAGCAAGUCCAACAGGAAGUCAUCGCGGCCCCCACCAUAGCUCCAGGAAAUGUGGAGACAGAGCCCACGGAGCCUGGGCCUCUGGACUGCCGUGAGGAGCAGUACCCAUGCACCCGCCUCUACUCCAUCCACAAGCCUUGCAAACAGUGUCUCAAUGAGGUCUGCUUCUACAGCCUCCGCCGCGUGUACGUGGUCAACAAGGAGAUCUGUGUCCGCACGGUCUGUGCCCACGAGGAGCUCCUCCGAGGGUGGAGAAGGGGCCAGUGGUUUUCCGUCACCCGGCCCCACCCUGACCCCAGCUCCUUGCCCCCACCGCAGCUGACCUGUGUCGGGACAAGUUCUCCAAAUGUGGUGUCAUGGCCAGCAGUGGGCUGUGUCAAUCCGUGGCGGCCUCCUGUGCCAGGAGCUGCGGGGGCUGCUAGGGCGGAGCUGGUACCCCCCCAUCCCCCACCCCCGCCCUGGACCUUCCUCGGAUCCGGGGCCCUCAGGCCCUGCCUGACCUGGUGCUUUUCUCCCCAGCCUGACAACCCUUUUAUUCUGUAAAAAGUUAGUGGACUGUGGCCCUGGGGGUUCGUCUCAGGCCCCUCUCCCAGCCUGCAGACACCCCUGCGGCACAAGGGGGGCUCCCCACUCUUCGCCCCCUGAUGAGGGGCAUCCCAGGCCUCUGGGUGGGACCUGGGCCUCUGAUGUGCCUUCUCAGUCCCUCUGAGGACAGUCCCCUGGCCCCUCAAGGUAGGCUAUGCCCCUCACCCCAGCUGGUCUGCUUGGAUUUCCUACAGCUCCCGGGCAUAGACCACCUUUGUUUUAUAUAAAAUUAAAAUUGUUUUUACAAAAGA